GCAUGGCGGCGGCGGCGGCAGCGAUGGCGGCGGAGGAAGUGGAGGAGGCGCUGGGGCUGUUCACGGGCAUCGGCCUCAGCGAGGCCAAGGCGCGGGAGACGCUGCGCAACGGGGCACUCAGCGCGCUGCUGCGCCGGGCUGUGCUGCAGGCUCGGAGCGCGCUGGGCCCGGCGCUGGACAAGGCCACCGGGACACUUCUGUACAACGCGGCCGCCCGCCUCAAGGACCCGAAACACCUCGGCUUCCUGGUCGGCUACAUCGCUCGCAAGGAGAUCCUCACCGACCUGCAGCUCAGCGGUACCGUGCGGCCCUGUCCCCGCCCGGUCCCGGCCCCGCGGGCACCGUUCUUCAUCCCUGCUCUGUCCCCAGCUGCCCUGGAGUACGUGAGGAGCCACCCCUUGGAGCCCCUGGACGUGGCAGACUUUGAGCGGGCUUGCGGUGUGGGGGUCUGCAUCACCCCCGAGCAGAUCGAGGAGGCGGUGGAGGCUGUGAUCAACAAGCACCGAGCAGAGCUGCUGGCAGAGCGCUACCACUUCAACAUGGGGCUGCUGAUGGGGGAGGCACGGAGCCAGCUGCGGUGGGCAGACGGGAAGACCAUCAAGAACGAGGUGGACCUGCAGGUGCUGCAUUUGCUUGGGCCAAAGACAGAAGCUGAUCUGGAAAAGAAACCAAAGGUGGCAAAGGCCCGUCUGGCCCCAGCAGAGAAACAGAGGGUGGCUGUGGUGGAGAAUGGUGACAUGGGCACAGAGACAAAGUCACUGCUGGAGCAGCUGCGAGGAGAAGCCCUGAAGUUCCACAAGCCAGGAGAGAACUACAAGACUGAGGGCUACGUGGUGACACCCAACACUAUGGCCCUGCUGAAGCAGCACCUGGCAAUCACGGGUGGGCAGGUACGGACACGCUUCCCUCCUGAGCCUAACGGGAUCCUGCACAUUGGCCAUGCCAAGGCCAUCAACUUCAACUUUGGUUAUGCCAAGGCCAAUGGUGGUGUGUGCUUCUUGCGCUAUGAUGACACCAACCCCGAGAAGGAGGAGGAGAAAUACUUCACAGCCAUCCGGGAGAUGGUGGAGUGGCUGGGCUACCAGCCUUAUGCAGUGACACAUGCGUCGGAUUACUUUGACCAGCUCUACACCUGGGCCCUGGAGCUCAUCCGCAGGGGUCAGGCAUAUGUCUGCCAUCAGAAGGUCGAGGAGAUCAAGGGCCACAACCCACCACCCUCGCCAUGGCGGGACCGGCCUGUGGAGGAGUCACUCCUGCUCUUUGAGGACAUGAGAAAGGGGAAGUUUGGGGAGGGGGAAGCCACACUGAGGAUGAAGCUGGUGAUGGAGGAUGGGAAGAUGGAUCCCGUUGCCUACCGUGUCAAGUUCACUCCACACCACCGCACUGGGGACAAGUGGUGCAUCUACCCCACAUACGACUACACACACUGCCUCUGCGACUCCAUCGAGAACAUCACGCACUCCCUCUGCACCAAGGAGUUCCAGGCCAGGCGCUCCUCCUACUUCUGGCUGUGCAAUGCUCUGGAUGUUUACUGCCCUGUGCAGUGGGAAUAUGGGCGCCUGAACCUGCUCUACACCGUGGUCUCCAAGAGAAAGAUCAUCCGCCUGGUGGAGACAGGUGCUGUGAGGGACUGGGAUGACCCACGUCUCUUCACGCUGACAGCCCUGCGCCGGCGAGGCUUCCCCCCUGAGGCCAUCAACAACUUCUGUGCACGGGUUGGUGUGACAGUGGCCCAGGCGACAAUGGAGCCACAUCUGCUGGAGGCUUGUGCCCGGGAGGUGCUGAAUGAACAGGCCCCCCGUGCCAUGGCUGUCCUGGAGCCCCUCAAGGUCACCAUCACCAACUUCCCUGCUCCAAAGGCACUGGAGGUCCUUGUGCCCAACUUUCCAGCCGAUGAGAGCCGUGGUUUUCACAAAGUGCCCUUCCACCAGACCAUCUACAUUGAGGAGACAGACUUCAGGGAGGAGGCAGACAAGGGCUACAAGCGCCUGGCCCCUGGGCAGCCGGUGGGGCUGCGCCACACUGGCUACAUCAUCACUGUCCAGAAUGUCAUCAAGGACGUCAGUGGGCGUGUCAUUGAGCUGGAGGUGACCUGCACCAAGUCAGAUGUGGCAGAAAAGCCCAAGGCUUUCAUCCACUGGGUGUCAGUGCCACUGGCCUGUGAAGUGCGGCUCUACGAACGGCUGUUUUUGCACAAAAAUCCUGAGGACCCAUCAGAGGUACCUGGUGGCUUUCUGAGUGACCUCAACCCUGACUCCCUGCGUGUGGUGCACAAUGCCCUGGUCGACAGCUCUGUCCGCUCUGCUCGGCCCUUUGACAAGUUCCAGUUUGAACGCCUGGGCUACUUCUCUGUGGAUCCCGACAGUGAGGAGGGGAAGAUGGUGUUCAACCGCACAGUGACGCUCAAGGAGGACCCUGGCAAGGCCUGAGGGAUCUGCUGCUGCUACACCACCGUGGUGCUGCUUCCUUGGGGGUCCUUGCAUACCCCCAGUGCCACCGUGCCUUGGUGCAGUCCCCUGGGGUGCCCCACAGCAUCGCCUCAAUAAACAGAGAUCCCAGCCCUGUCACUGCACUGUCA